GAACAUAACAGGAAGUAUACUCUUUAUUUACCAAUCCUGCUCUAUAACUGAUCGGAUACAGACCGAAUGAUACAAACAGUUAAUAAAAUCUCUAACAAAACGAUUUUGUGUCAUUUUAGAGUGUUUAAAUGUCACUAUGAGGUCCUGAACUUCCUAUAUAUGCUUAUAGCUUAUGAUACUUAAGAUUCAGAUCCUAAAACGUGUUUGUCGUUUAUGACUGACAAGGAUUGAAAACUGAAAGAGAAUGAAAUGCGCUGACUAACCUCUCAUUGUGUUCUAGCGCGGUUUGUGAUAUGUAAGGUUUUAGCGGGCUAGUCCAUAUGUUUCUCAUUCCCAUUCCGAGAUUGUCUUAGUCUGAGUCUGUUGUUGGUUCUGAUUGUUGUAGAUUGAUACUAUCAUUAAAUAUAUGUGCUUUGUGUGCGCUUCCUGGAUCGUCGAUCCACCUUUUCUUUUUUUUCUUUACUAGUCUUCCUUACGCUACUGUAUGCUACCCUAGUAUACAAAGUAUAUUCUGGCUAGACGCGAACCUCCACAAGGUUGAAAUAUGAUACCGGCUUUGAUUCUCAAUUGUUUAUUACCUUUGUCGUUCGGUUUCGUAACCAGACACUUUCCGUGGUCAACUAUCAAGAAUCCGGAGUUCACAUAUGAAACAAGAUACUUUUGGACCAGGAUUGACCACUUUUCUUUCGUAAAUGAUGACAAGUUCUUUAUCAAGUAUCUAAUUAACAACGAAUCGUUCACUCCGGGUGGCCCGAUAUUUUUUUACACAGGAAAUGAAGGUGCCAUAGAAACAUUUGCAGAAAACUCAGGGUUUAUCUGGAAGCUUUCUCAAGAACUUAAUGCUUCUGUUGUUUUUGCCGAACAUCGAUAUUACGGAACCUCUCUCCCAUUCGGGAAUAAUUCUUUCAAAGACCGUCAGCACUUUGGUUACCUAACUGCAGAACAAGCGUUGGCUGAUUAUGUACUUCUAAUUAAUCAACUAAAAGCUAAUUAUUCGUGCUUUGCUUCAUCACCUGUAAUCGCUUUCGGAGGAUCCUAUGGCGGUAUGCUCUCGGCUUGGAUCAGACAAAAGUACCCUAAUCAAAUUGCCGGUGCUGUAGCUUCUUCUGCACCCGUAUGGCUGUUUCCCGGAUUAUCUGACUGCAAUGGUUUCAGUAUGACAGCAACAAAUAGCUUUUUGAAAUAUGGUGGCGAGAACUGUGUGAAGAAUAUACAACUUUCCUGGAGUAAUAUUGUAGACAUAGGUCAAAGUAUUGAUGGGAAAGAAUUAUUAACCCACAUGUUUAACAUCUGUACGCCUUUAACUGAUGUUCAGAAUAUUAUAGACUACUUAUCCGAUUUUUUGGGAACAAUAUCUAUGGUCAAUUAUCCUUACCCAGCCAACUUUCUGCUUGCUUUACCUGAAUGGCCAGUCAAGACUUGCAUGGAGAUGACAACACCUAUGUGUGCAUCAGGGCCGGUAAACAUCAUGCCUCCAUUAAAUUGGGAUCUUAAGUCUUUCUCAAUCUCUUGUCAAAAUCGAUUUGGUGUAAGUCCACGCGUCGAAUGGCCAAAAGUUGAAUUUUGGAGUAAAUCAGUACAUACUGUUACCAACAUAAUUUUCAGCAAUGGUGAAAUUGAUCCAUGGUCAGCAUUAUCAAUUACAAAUAAUAGUUAUGUCCCAUUUGCUACAGUCAUUAAUAUCUCUGAUGCUGCUCAUCAUUUAGAUUUGAGAACUCCUAACUCGGCUGAUCCUCAAAGUGUGGUUAAAGCAAGAGAAAUUGAAAAACAGAAAAUAAUCCAGUGGAUAAAAGAAUGGAAACUUAAAUACAGAUUAUUGAAAUUUUUCAAUGGCAUCAGAUCAUUCAUCUCUUUACUAGAUUACCUUGGCUAAUGUUUAAAGAAAUAUUUUUUAUUUUUUGUUGUUGCAAUUUUCAUGAUAAUAAUCCUAAUUUAAACUGACACUAAUUUAUAAUCAAAUUUUUUACACCUUAAAAAGUAGUUUUUCAUGAUUGAUAUAAUUUACUCAUACAGUGUUCUUGGACGUAUUGGAACAAGUUGAAAAAUUCGUUCAUUUAAAUAGUGCAAACGGAUCCGUAAAGCGUAGUUAGAAAUAAUUGUUGGUUAUAAAACGUAAAGUAAACAACGCUCUAGUAGGUCUUUUUCUGCUCUGCAAUUGGUGAACACGAAGGUUUCAAGCCAAAUGUGGUCAACUGCGUUAUGCACUGCUACCGUUAUCCUUAAAACGUUGAAAUCAUGUAAAGAAUGUUUAUAUCUGAUAGAGGAAUCAUACGUACAUAGCUUAUUUUACAACUUCAUAUUAUUGUGUUGAGUAAAUUUAUCUUAUAUCUAUAAGUUUAUUAUUUUCAAAUAACGUACAAUACAUUGGUUGUCUCAACGGAUAAUGGUGUUGCAAGUUGGAAAUUUAGUGUAACGUACGCUUUAUUAAAUUUUGUAUGUGAUUAUAAGCAAACCAGAAUAAUGAAACCAACAAUCAAUUAAAUCUUAAUGCAUCGAUAUCUAAUGAUACUGUUUUCAAGAUAUUUCUGGCAUACACUGGUAGUCAGGUGUAAAUAACUUGCCGAAUUUUCUCUGAAGAACUAAUCAAUAAUAAAUAUACAUAAUGAAAUAGGGUGUUGUGCACUUUGUUAGUAAAUGUAAUCGAAUGAUUCAGUAAUUACUUAUUGACUUUCUGUUUUGUUUUAGUGGGUGGACUAAGUGUUUGCCCAAUUCCACUUGAAGGUUAUGUAAAAGAUUGGAUCAAACCCUAUUGUGAUUUCUUGAUCUGAGAUAAGUAACUGUCUAAGGUUUACAUAAUAAUCACUCCAGACCGUAUUCAAGCUAUACAAUACGCACUUGUUCAUUUAGCAGCUAGUGUUCAAAGGUAUAGCGUGUGCUUUACACCUACAUCCAAAGUACUUUUACAAGAUUAGUAGGAGGUUGUGUUUGCAUUCAUUCUUGCUAGUGAGCAGUUAGGAUUAGUCGAGUUCAUUUAUUUGGAUAGGUAUUUAAGUCCUGGUGAUGGUGUUGUUGAAGAGGUGAAUUUACAACGAGAACCAGAGCUACCUAUGCCAAUCUGGUUCAUCCUUGACGCCUUUAUGAUGUUACCUGGCUGUAAAAUGUCAGAUUUACAAUGCGUCGGUUAGAGCAGUCUUUCUCUAACCUUAUGAAACCUGAUCUCCGAGUUGAGAGUGGUGAGCGACUCUGUGUUUGAUUAUCGUUGUCUUUGAAGGAUCGCUGACAGUUGCAACACCAGGUUUUGCAGAAGUUUGGCAAUGUAUGUUCGAGCACUGACAAUAAUUCGAUUGGUGUCAACAUUUCGAAAUGCCGGCUUCGGCGGUUGGUUAUGUACUAUGAAUGUCGUCUCAGCUAAUUCCACGUCGUACCUUACUUAUCAACGCCGGGAAUAGUUGGGGAAAGCGGGGAGGUGGUCAGCGCAUGUCGUGGUAUAAAAGGAAGUUAUACAUGACUGACUUCUGUUUGGAGUCAUGGAGAUGGUGCAACAUAGUACAUAAGACGUUAUCAGAUAUUGGUCAGAAUAUAUAAUUAUUGAAAGCUUUUUUCAACUAAGUAAAGUGAACCCUUCGAUGGGAAUUGUUCACGUCUACAUACUUUGAUCGUAGGUUCAAGAUAAAUAGGAUUAUCAUGAAUUAUUUUUCUUAACGUUCAUAAAUUUUAAUACCCGAUUAGUUUGCAUAUUGAUUAAUUAAUUGUUUUCACAUAAUAGUGAGGGUAUUACUGAAUUUCCCAGUAUUCAUGAUUUGGCACUUCACUAGUUUUUGAAUCGUUUAGAUAUUAAUCCGGUCAAGAUGAGUCAACUUUUAUGUAUUAAUACUAUCAAUAAAUAGUUAUGAUGGCACUUGAAAAUACGAACAUAUUUCAUGAUUUGAAAAGAUGAUGAAACCAGAAGUGAGCUGUAUAGCUUUGUCGAACUUCGUGAUUAAGGUUGAGCAAGGCAUUUUGAGUUAUUAAAUCUCUUCCAUUGUUCAGUGUAUCUGACUUUAUUGCAAAUGUGAAGGCGUUUAUCCGUCGCUUUCUGUCGAAUAACUCAUUUAUGCUCUAAGUUAAUUGUUAUAUACGGUAAAAAUUGUAUACAGGAUAUACUCAAAAUACUUUCUUAAGAAUAACGUUCAGAUUUUUAAAAACUUAAUAUUCAAUAUGUUAUCGUUAAUACGUUAGCCAAUCACGAACUAGGUAGUGGAAUCCUAAUUGCGGAAUGUUUGGUGUUGUGAAAAUUCUUUAAAUAAAACCAAUGGGAUUCAUAUAUGUAAUAACUGAUUCUUUCAAUAAACGGUGAAAUUAAAGAAAGUAAAUGAACUAUCUGUUUAAUACAAAUAAUCUGAUCUAAACAGGUGGGGACUGUACAAGGCUUGUUAUUCACCAUGUACAAAUUUAGUGCCUAGAUUAACAAAGACAUACUUGUUAUAGUAUUAGAUAAGCCAAAUGAUUUGAUGUGCUCUGACAAACAAAUGUUAAGAUUGGAGUUAUUGUGUAACAAACAAGUAGACUCAAUGGCAAAGCAGUUUUCUCGAGUCUCUAAAGUAUUCA